GGCCGUUUGGCGGCGAGGAAGGAGGUUACGCGGAGAGGCCUGACAAGACCGGGCUUGGGUUGGCGGUACCGGGCUUGGGUCGGCGGUGCCGGCCUGGGUUUUGUGGUUGAGACCGUGUCUCCACCACUGAGCCCAGGAAGAUGGUGCUGGGUGGCUGCCCGGUGAGCUACUUACUUCUGUGCGGCCAGGCGGCUUUGCUGCUGGGGAAUCUACUUCUGCUGCACUGUGUUUCUCGGAGCCACUCGUACAAUGCUACCGCCGAGCUCGAGCUCACGUCCGCUAGUGCCACCCACCCAGAGGGCUCCGCGGGUGCGCCAACCUGGGAAUAUGGCGACCCCCACUCGCCAGUCAUCCUUUGCUCUUACCUACCUGAUGAAUUUAUAGAAUGUGAAGACCCAGUGGAUCAUGUUGGAAAUACAACCGCAUCCCAGGAACUUGGUUAUGGUUGUCUAAAGUUUGGAGGUCAGGCAUACAGUGAUGUGGAGCAUACUUCAGUCCAGUGCCGGGCCCUAGAUGGAAUUGAGUGUGCCAGUCCUAGGACCUUCCUGCGGGACAAUAAGCCUUGUAUAAAGUAAGUAUUUGUUUUCUUUUGCAGUGCUGGGGAUUAAACCCAAGCAUGCUAAGUAUGUCCUCUUCAACUGAGCUACA